AAAACUUUCGGUUUUGUUAGGAAGUGAAAUUUAAAAAGUUAUUUUAUAAAUUAAAAAGACAAUUAUAUGACAUAAAGAUAAAAAAGUAAAUUUCGAUACAUGCAGACGACAGACUUCUGACAAUAAUAAGGUGCUUAAAAUUGUGUGGGUCUGCCAGCGAGAAGGAAGAGCAUUUUUUGGUAGAAGGAAGAAAUAUACAUAUCUAGUGAAUAGAUGCCACCAGUCGCAGUCACCAUCGCCAGCAGCAAAAACCCUUGAGCAAAGUCGUUGUCGUAACAGCUGUUCGUUUAAAAUUACAAAACAAAAUCGCGCGUGUCAUUGAAAAGAGUGGACAUAGAUGUUGACGGUCCACCGGACGGUUACGAAAACCUAACCAUUCAUUGUGGUUAUUAGUAUGAACUUUCAUACUUGACAUCAUUUGUUAGCUAGCUAAGUGUAAAGUGUAAUUCGGUGCAUUGCAUUAUUUAUUGACAUAUCUGCAAAAAAAAAAUAUAUUUUCUACUUCCGCAUUCAGCCAGCUGCCAAUAAAACGCGAGCGACGAGGUUAUUUCUUCUUGUUGUUGGCAAUAAAAAAGAAAAAAUACGUUACACCUAAAAACCACGUAAAAGCUAUGAAAUCCUAAAACAAACCACACACAGUUUCUUGUGAUAAAAUAAUAAAAAUGUGCAAUAAAUUUCUCUAAAGAAAAGCAAAACAAAAAAUGUAUAUACCUACACCACCAGACAGCAAUGGCAAUAAUAAUAGAAAAUUAAAUCAAAUGCUAGGUGGUAGUCACAUGAAUAUUUCUAGUCAUUGUUAAUGAAAAUUAAAAAAAGAAAAUCGCAAGACGACAACAACGACGACGACACUACACAAACAAAAAAUAUACGGCAAUUCGAAGCAACAACACUAAAAUAAAAUCAAAUAAAAAUACGAAAUUACAACAGCAACUACAACUAGUUCGAUGUGAGCAACAACAACAACAUAAUUCAGCCAUGCAUAGAACUAUUAUCAGCAUAGCAAUUAACAUCUACCAAAGAAAGUCCAUAUAGAAGAAAAUAAAUAACUAUAAAACAUUUGUCGUUUUCAUUUCGAUAUCUUAAGACGGGCGAACAUUUUUGAGUUUUGAUUAUUAUAUUAGCCGCUAUCUCUUUGUCGUUUCUAUCCUGCAUUGAAAUUAAAAUCGAAACACUACACUUUGCUGUGCUCAUCCGCCCACCACCCACUCUCAGACGCCUAGUGUUGUCAGCAUCGACCGUAUGUGCACGCACACACAAUCGAACCUACAUAUACAAAAUCAUUAUUUGCCGAUUCUCUUACGAGAGUACGAAUGCGUGCGCCUGUUUUAGCAAAAUAAAAUAAAGAGAACGAAUUGUGAAGAGUAACUUUCUCUCUCUCUUCAUCACUUGUCAUACGAGACAGCAACAGUAGCUUACCGUUAGCAUUCUUACUGUGAUUACCCAUUAACAGAUCAUAUUGUCAAAAUACGAGAGUCAAAACGAAGAGAGCGAACCAAAGCAUCCCAAACAAAGGAAUUCCCUCAAGCAGAAAUACAAGAAAAACAACAACAAAAUAAUCUGUUUUUCAGAAAGUGAUUCUAAAAGCGAUUCCUAAGGCAUUGUGGGGUACAAAGUAUUUUUCUUCAUUUGAUCCAAACGCAGUCUUCGCAGUUGUUGGGCUCUGUCUCCCAACGUUGAAUUCAGCAAAAAUGCUCUCAAUUCAGCAAUUGUUGAAAGCUUUGAGAAAACUACAAAACAAUGCCGCCACUUUAAAUGGUGGCGAUUUGAUAACAAAGAGUAUCAAACAUGUGGCGGCGACAGCAGUCAACUCAGCUGUCGCUGAGGGAAUACCAACAGCCAACAGAGAGGCGGCUACGGCAAAGGUGGUGGGUCGCUCCCCCAUAGUGACGUCAUUGUUGAAUAAUCAGCAGCUAACAGACGAUGUGGUAGAUGACAGAGAGGAGGGGGGAGUAGAAGUAGUAACAACAGCCGACGACGACGAGUAUGUGAAGAAAUCAAAAUCGUCAUCAUUUGCUAAGCAACCGCAGCAAACAAAUGCCAAUGUAAGCGUUUGUAGUAGCAGCAGCAGCAGCCAAACUCAAAACAGCUGUAUCAGUCACAAAUGCUCCAACCAUAUUGUCGGAGACGUCAGCCAUAACACCAACAACAACACCACUUCUAGUCAAAACCCCCCAAAGCAGCUGCAAACACUGAACUGUCACAGCGAAUGUUUUAGUUUGUAUUCGUCUUUGAACACUGACGGUUCGACAACAGAAUUGUGUGGAGCGCAACAAAACUCUAAUACGCAGGAUUCAAGCGAAAACUCAGCACAGGCAGUGAUUUUUUGCCCUUCAGCUUCUCUUCUGCACCAACACCCCUCAAAUCUACAAGCAAGGAAUAACAGCAAUAGUAGUAGCAGUAGUAGUAGUAGUAGCAGUAGUAGCAGUAGUCAACGCAUACAGAAUUUCCUUAAACAGCAAAUUUUUCAACACCACCAGCAGCAGUUCCAUACCCAACAGCAUAACCAUAAUUUAAACACCAAACAGAGACAGACACAAUUCGCCAUGUCCUCUCUAGCCGCCGCCGAACCCUCCUUGGCCCUGCAACAGAAAGAUGACCAAUGCAGCAAUGGUGGUGCCGUUGGUGGCAAUGGCCAUCAGGCAUCAGAUGAUGAAUCAGCCGCAUCCUCAUCCCAGCCGCCAUCUAAACACCAGAAAUCCACAUCGGGCAAACCAUGCUUCAAUGCUGGUCUAGGCGAUAUUAUACAAUUUAUGGAACUCAUUGGCAACCUAAAGCACACAAAACGUACCGGUUGGGUAUUGCGUGAUGUUAACGAUUGCGAAUCCAUAUCCGGCCAUAUGUAUCGCAUGAGCAUAUUGACUUUCCUAUUGGACGGCACUGAGGGUCUCAAUCAAAUCAGAUGCAUGGAAUUGGCUUUGGUUCAUGAUCUGGCGGAAAGUUUAGUCGGUGACAUUACCCCAUUCUGUGGUGUCUCCAAGGAGGAAAAGAAGGCUAUGGAACUCAAGGCCAUGGAGGAUAUAUGCAAAUUGAUUGAGCCCAGGGGUAAACGUAUGAUGGAGUUGUUUGAGGAAUAUGAACAUGGCGAAAGCCCAGAAUCUCGUUUCGUUAAGGAUCUUGAUCGCUUGGACAUGGUAAUGCAGGCCUUCGAAUAUGAGAAACGUGACAAUUGCCUGCUAAAACAUCAGGAAUUUUUCGAUUCCACCGAGGGCAAAUUCAAUCAUCCCUUUGUCAAGAAGCUGGUCAAUGAAAUCUAUGAGCAACGUGAACAAUUGGCCAAGGAGAGGGGAGCAACACCACCACCCAAAGUUGAUGUACCAAAUAUGGACAAUCCUCUGACGCAUGCCAACUCCAAAGCCCCAACCAAUGGUCAUCAUCAUACGCAUCUGGAAGCAAAUAAAGUGGAGGAGACAACAAAAUCAAGUUGAUUUGGGCAAGGCGAGAAGGCCACCCAAGAACAGAGGUCAGCGGACAAAUUCUAAUUAUAAGAAGAAAGAUAAAAAAACAGCGCGUAGUAGACAUUAUGGAUAAGGAUGACGAGUUGCGGUUUUCAUUUCUAGACGAAGGUAUCGAAUGGAAAUGAAUGAAUGACAAGGGUCAAAACGUGAUUUAGUUAUUUUAUAUAUACAAAUA